UUCAAAGAAAAAUAAGCAUAGUUGACGGAGUUAUAAGCUGCUUCCUAGUAUUGGAAAACUUCUUUCAGUUCAGCAAUGCACGAGUGAAGAUGCUUCCUUUGUGACAGGCGCGAGAUAACAACAGUGCUCGAGCAAGCAAGCCCUCCGUGAAAAGUGUAGUGUCUUCAAAAUACUUAAUUUCAAGCUUUUUGACCUCCUGCGCCCGGUUUAACGGGAGCAAGGAGUGGACCAAGAGUGGACUGGCAUGUGGGUCAAUUCUGGAACCGUCGGAAGGGCUCUCUCCAUGGAUAUAGACACAGACUAUGAAAGGCCUAAUGUGGAAACCAUAAAGUGUGUGGUGGUGGGUGAUAAUGCGGUGGGUAAGACCCGCCUUAUCUGUGCCCGUGCCUGCAAUGCCACCCUCACCCAGUAUCAGCUGCUCGCCACCCACGUGCCAACCGUUUGGGCCAUCGACCAAUACCGCGUGUGCCAAGAGGUGUUGGAAAGAUCUAGGGACGUGGUGGACGAGGUCAGUGUCUCCCUCAGGCUGUGGGACACCUUCGGAGAUCAUCACAAAGACCGACGCUUUGCUUACGGCCGAUCCGACGUGGUGGUGCUCUGUUUCUCCUUGGCCAACCCCAACUCCCUGCGCCACGUCCGCACCAUGUGGUACCCCGAGAUCAAGCACUUCUGCCCCCGCACCCCCAUCAUCCUGGUGGGCUGCCAGCUGGACCUACGCUACGCCGACUUGGACGCCGUCAACCGCGCCCGUCGGCCCCUGGCCAAACCCAUCAAACCUACAGACAUCCUUCCACCUGAGCGAGGCCAUGAGGUGGCGAAGGAGUUGGGUGUGCCAUACUACGAAACCAGCAUCGUUGCUCAGUUCGGCGUCAAGGAUGUCUUCGACAACGCCAUCCGCGCCGCUCUCAUCUCUCGCCGGCACCUCCAGUUUUGGAAGUCUCACUUGAGGAAGGUCCAGCGGCCUCUCCUCCAGUCCCCAUUCCUGCCCCCCAGGCCUCCGAGGCCUGUGGUGGGCAUCCCCGACCCCCCUCCCAUGGAUGGAGAAGGCCACGAAUCCCUCUUCUGUAAGUCCCUGUGUGCUGAUGUCCUGUUCCUCCUCCAGGGCGGCUACACGCGUGUCUUUGCCCAUAAGGUUUAUUUGGCAACCUCCUGCUCCAAGUUUUACGACCUGUUCACCAUGAACCUUGGGGCCACAGAGGAGGACAGUGACGGGGACGUGCCCCUGCAGGGAGAUGAGGAAGAGGAACAGAGUCGAAGAGGAGCCAAAGAGCAGGCAGGACGCACCAAAAGUCUGGACAUUGAUAAAGAGGGUAAGGGGGGCAGCCUCCAGAGGCCACUAAUGCUUGAGCAGGGCUCACUGAGGACUUCCCAAAGCGAUAACUUCUUACCGGCCAAGACCCUGUGCCCAGUGGGGCCCCUGGGAGCUGGCCGUGCCCUUCUGGGAUGGGGACGGGGGUUCCUCAGCGUCUGCCUUGAGAGAGUGGACGACCCAGUAACUGGUCGGUCAAGGCCCAUGACGGUGGUUUCCAUGGACGAGCUCAUCCAGGAAGCCCCUUUCCGGGCGGUGCUGCAGUACCUGUACACGGGACACUUGGACGAGGCCCGGGGCGACCUCAUGCAGGUGGCCACCAUCGCCGAGCUGCUGGAGGUCUUUGAUCUGCGCAUGAUGGUGGCCAAUGUGCUAAACCGCGAGAGCUUCAUGAACCAGGAGAUCACAAAAGCCUUCCACGUGCGUCGCGCCAACCGCAUCAAAGAGUGUCUGAGCAAGGGCACCUUUGCCGAUGUGGUGUUCCAAUUGGACGAUGGGUACCUGCCGGCCCACAAGCCCCUGCUCAUCUCCAGCUGUGAUUGGAUGGCAGCCAUGUUUCGUGGGUCUUUCAUGGAGAGCUACAUCGAGGAGGUGUCCAUACCUAACACCAGUACUGCCUGUAUGAGAGCUGUGCUGGAGUACCUGUACUGUGGCUUGCUGACGCCCUGCCGUGAGCUGGAGCCUAUGGACCUCAUAAUCCUAGCCAACCGCCUCUGCUUGCCUCGUCUAGUGGCUCUGACGGAGCAGCAUGCUGUCGAGGAGCUACUUCAAUGGGCGGUUAAAGGAGCAGACAUUGAUGGACAGGUGCUGAAUUACCUAGAGAUGGCUCAGUUUCACAAUGCCAAACAACUUUUCACCUGGUGCUUGCACCAUAUUUGCACCAACUACAACAGCGUGUGUCGCAACUUCCCCAAAGAUAUGAAAACCAUGUCUCCAGAGAACCAGAAGCACUUUGAGAAGCACCGCUGGCCCCCCGUUUGGUUCCUCAAGGAGGAGGACCGCUAUAUCCGCUCGAAGAAGGAGCGUGAGCGUGAAGAGGAGAUCCUGCGCAAGCAGCACACUAAGCGCAGCUGGUUCUUCUGGAGGCACCCAGCCUCCCCGCGCGCCACAUCUCCUGAUGGUGGCGCCGCACCCAUUUCUGUCCGAAGACCCCUGCCCCCCCAGGACUUGCGACUGAACCCCAAGGAGACUCCUGUCCAUGUUCAAUGUGCUCUGGCAACUGGAAGUUAGUCCGGUGCCGCCUUCACUUCUGAGAUUCUUCUGCCUUCUCUCUUCAAGCCAGGCUGAGUGCGGGAGCUCAGCAGAGUGGCUGCCCAAUCGAAGAAGUUUGAGAGAAAGUGUUGGAUUGAUCUUCCUUAUCGUAUGUCGCUUGUUUCACUGUGCUUAUCCAGUGAAGUCGGAGGCCUCGCCACACCACCACGAAGGGAAUGUCUUCAUGGCAAUGAUCAGCAUUCAUCUUUCAAGACUGUUAUUGUUAUAAAAUAACUACAAAUACACACAUCCUCCCACGCUUUCACACACUGCCCCUCACACCACCCCCUGCACCGGACCUGCGCACUGGUGCUCGAGCAUGCAUCUGUGCAUGGUGCUGUUAUGAUGAGCUCCUUCAUUGAAACCUAUUUCUAAGAAGAAGAAAAAAACACCACUGCCCAAUGCAUACACUUGUGCUGCAAAAUACCUUUUUGCUUUGAAUGCACCUAGCACCUAAAAUAGUGGCAGGGAUUUGUAAUUCUUAAAACCACAUAAGGUCAAUUCCGCUAUGAAUCCAUCUAUGGUUCAUACUUUUUGCCUCAGUACCAAAACACCUUUGCCUCUAUGGAGAAAAAAAAAAAAAAAAAGUUCUCCAUUUUGGAAGUUCUGGAUCCCCAUUUUGGCUCUUUUGUUGUCUACUGAGGCACUAUGUGGGGAAGCUCCACACAAGAAUCCCUGUUGCUAGGCCAGGGGCUGAAAGAGAACACUAAAUAAACAAGAGGUGCAUAGCGCAGGUCAUUCACCCAAGAAGGCUCUGACAAGGCACCAAAGAGAGACAGCUGUGGCUUGCUCAGACAAUAACACCUCUCCAAAACACACUGAAACUGAGGGUAACCACCACCACCAACAACAACAAAACCUCACAGCAAGUGAGGUAUGAAUGUAGGGCUGUACCACUUCCAUGGGAAUAUUAGACUUUGGUUAGUUAAUAAUCAUGAUUAGGUUACUGUUGCAUUUUGACCACUGGUUACAUUUUUCAGUUUACUUGCCUUUCCAAGCCACAUGGGGCACAUGGAGUUUACCACACUUUAGUACACAUUAACAACUCUAGUAAGAGCAGUUAAAAUAUGUGAUCCUUUCUCUAUCAUUUUCAGAGACAUAAUUUGGUUUUAAAAACGGCUAAGUUACUAUAUCUGCCUGACGACCAAAAACUGAGCUCCAUUUCUCACACCCCUUCCUAAGAACAAUACCCUCAGUUGAGCCUCCUGUCUUCUACCUCCACGGACAGAGAGAAAAGGAGAGUGUAUAGAAGGACAGACGAGUGCAGAAUUCGGUCUAUGUGCCAUGUUGUUUAAAGCUGCGAUAUGAGGCCACGCAGCUGAGGUUUCAUUUCCCCCUCCACGCAGUGAAAAAACAAUGCUCAGGAUGACUAACGGUGACAGCAACAGUAUUCACACACUUUCUCUCAUCGCUUGUUUAAUCCCACCCACCCACCCACCCCAAUGCUUCCUCUUUCAGAAAGCUUUAAUUUCAAUUUAAAGGCUUGUAGCAAAAUGGGGCAUCAUGUGUAGUGCUUAUGUCUCCUGCGUAUGUGGUAUUGCAGUGUAAUGUAACAUAGCUCGCCGUGGAUGUGCUCAGCCCCCUCGUCAGGAGGGCGCUAUUGUUCGGCGAGCAUUUUGCCAAACUUGUUCCACUGGCGUUUGCAUAUGGAUUAGCCAAUCUCAUCCUCAUAACAGACUGGAUUGUCUUUCAAAUCAAGAGUGAGUGCCUGUGACAGAAUGAUUUCAUCCUUCCCCUCAAAUAUAUGGAUAUAGCAUAGACUUCCUUGUACUUCCAGGCUAUUCUUUUGCAUGGGACGUGCUGAAAAAGCUGCGACAUUUCUAAUGCUGCAUGAUUCUGAAGGUAGUGUUUUGCAAGUUUGCCAUUUCUGUGAAUUUUAGAAGGGAAUGUGAAAAUUGGCAAAGGUUGGGUGAUUCAUUUUUUUCUUUUCAUGGCACCUUCCUCUGUGUCUGGUUUUCUGGGCUUUUUUUUUUCUUCUUCUUUCCUUCACUCCCUCAAGACAGCAAGCAGGUGUCUGUGGUAGCUAACUGGAGACGCAUUAUAUGAAGAGGCUUUUUCUCGCUGGAGACAUGUUGGAAUCAUCACUAGCUACUGAAAUAGAUGGGUGAGAGAAUCUCACUGGGCCCUCAUGUGUGAAUGAGGCUGAUCUUUGGAAGGAAAGAAAGAGGGGAAAAAAUAGAGAGAAAUCCAGCUCUACAGCCUGCAUAGCACUGGUGCCAAGACAGGAGGGUUCUGAUUUCAACUCAAAAAGGAGGUUACGGUGCUGAUGUUAACUAAAUUACUUUAGACAUCGCAAAGGAAGUUGUCUUAUAUCAACAGGCUUUAAUCCAAAAAGUGCCCCUGCGUGGUUUGUCUUGAGUUUCUUUUUAUUAAGGAUUAUGCCAAUUAUGUGGAAUUACUAAUUAAAUGUCAUUAUCUGAAGUGUUAAAGAUGCACUUUCUGUUUUACAGGUGGAGGUGGAUAACUUAAAUGCAUGUGAUGGCAGUUUGUACAGAAUGAAAAUAUAGCUUUUGGAGUUAUAAAACUGAUUUUCAGGCUUGUUCAGAAAAGAGCAAUAUACCAUCUUACACUUAGUUAUUUAUCCCUCAGUGUUCAACAUGAAGCACUUCAAACUCAAACUACAAACUUAUAUUGACAACAAAGAGGCUCUCACUGACAAAUCAAUGCUGUUUGCUGGUGUUUGCCCAGGGAUAUUGUAGUAUUUAGGAUAGGAUGAUGUGUUACUAUGGUGGUUUAUUUAGUAUACCCUUGCACAUUUUUUUUUCUCAGAUUGGGUCUGCCUUUCAUGUGCAUGGCAUUGACUGUUUCUAAACUUCAGCUUUUUUAAAAGCAGUUACAUUUUGUAGCAUUAUAUGACUUUUAUUCCAUUAAUAGAUGAUCUUCUUUUUUUUUUUAGUCCAUAAAGUUUGUGCUCGGUAUUCAUGGGUACCCAAAUGUAUUAUGUAUUAUGACCAUGUGCUUUAAUGUUGUGUCUUUUUAAGGACAGGGAGAGGGGUUUGUUUAUGUUUUUCUGUGGUGCAGGUUCAUUGUCAUUACUGUUUAGGAAAAGGUUGAAGAUUUGGAAUGUAUUUCUGGACACCUCUUAACAGUAUAACUAGAUAACCACUAAAAAUGUCUAUGCACUUUGGGCCAAAUUGUGAAACAAAAAUAUGUUUGCUUAAGAUUAUUCUGAUUUGAUAGAAUGUAAACUUCCAGAGAGUUGCUAACAUUUUAAGGCAUGCACGUUUACAAGGGUAAUGUGCAUGAGGAAUCAUCAGCAAAAUGCUUGCAUGCAGUCAUAAAUUGGUAUUAAGAAUAAGGUAUGCACUUUGUCUUUAGGUUAUUAUUCUAUUAUGAGCCUGUAUACAAAAAGAAUAGAUCAAAUAAGUGUUACAUUUAGGGGAAAAUACUAAUGAUCAGUUUAUGUAAAGUUUAUGUCCAGUUUUAGCCAGUAUUGGGUUAACAAAGUAGGGUUUUUCCCUUGCUACACAUUUACCAAGAGGUUGCAAUAGUAGUGUUCCACAAAGUUCAGUAUUUUGUCAGCUAGAAAACUCAAGAGCUAUUGUUCUAUCCUGGCAUUGCCUGUGCCUUUGAUUUUUAAAAGAGAAAAAUCUCUUGUUGCCUUUCUCAAGAGGGGCCUCUUACUACUGCCUUUGUUUGGGGUAAUUGUAUAGUGGACUUGCGCACACACACACACACACACACACACACACACACACACACACACACACACACUUAACACAGGCAGCUGACCACCACAUUCCUACUUGUACAGUCAGUGCCUGUGGACAACAUGUAGCAAACCCUGCUGUCCUCUGCAUAUUAUGCUGCAUUAUCUUCUUAGCACCUCUUCUGCAUGGGAUACUACUUUUUAAUUUUUUUUUUAACUGUUUUGCUGAGCUGGGUGGAAACCAUGUUUGGGGUGAACUGGACCAUGCUGGUGUGGCUGUGAGAGGGUUGGAUGUCUGGGGCAUGUGCAUAUGCACAAUCCCCCAAGCCCUAGACGUUAGUUGCUGUGUGCAAUACCGCCCUCUUCAGGCCAACCAGAGUAUAAAUCUAGCAGUUUUUCCCAGCGUAGUUACUCAAGCAUUGUCAAAUGAGAAAUAUUUGAAUGCGUUAUGCAGCAUAAUGGUUUUGUAUCUCGGUGUAGUGUUUUGGUGUUUGGUUUAGAGUUUCUAAGCAUGGUAAUAUUUCUCCAUCGUGUGGCAGUGCAAGCUGGGAGAGUAAGUGCUGCAUGUACAUCCUCUACUACUUCCACAGGCUGUAGAAUUUAGCAUGAAAGACCCUUCCACCCUGCCACUUGUCAUAGCAUAAAACAGUGCUUGAAUUUGACCAUUUGGGUGGUCUGUUGCUGUUAAUUAAAAUUUUAUUUAUUUAUUUAUUUUUUAGCAAAACUUUUUUUUUUUUUUUUUUUCAAAAAACCCAGUUGUAUGUUCUUGCCAACUAUUUUUAAACAGCUUGGCCUUUUGAGAUGUACCUCUUGAAAAGUUGUCAAAUUGAGGUGUAGUCAAAAAUUACUUUAGUUUCCCCUCCCGUGUGUUCCAUCCAAUGGACUCUUGAGAUGGUGAUUUCUUAUAGGAACUACAAUGGAAUUAACUAAUAUGCAAAGGGGUGAAUAUCAAUAUAGCUUACUAUAUUGUAUUAUAUAGUGCUUUGUUUGAGCUCUUUUUUUUUUGUCUUCUUUCUCUCUUCCAAACCAAUCUGACAGUUUAUAAUACAUGACAACAUGUUUUUUUUUUCUUCACAUAUCUGUCUUCGCAUAUAGUGAGGUACUGGUCCAAUGUCUAAAGACCAUUUUCAGUGUUUCAGUCAACUUCCUUAAAGGCUCAGAUAAUACCUUUCCUUCUUUUUUGUUAAUAUGUGACUAUUAUACCCUUACACACUUUGUGUGAAGAUUGUAACCUUUUGUUUUUGUUAAUUUUUGACUAUUACUAUUAAUUACUGAGACAAAAAAAGAGCACAUACAAAAUUAAGGGCUUUUUUUUAAAAAAUAAACAAAUAAAAGGAAACCAACAAUCAAUGUUUUUGCUGCUGUUGCAAAAAAGUGUUUUAAUGAAUCCUUUAUACUUUUUGAACCACUGUGAUUUGUACAAAAUGGAACAAAAAAGUAGGAAAAAAACAUUUCUUGCCAUUUAAGUAUUCUAAUGUUGACUUGGUUUUUAAUAAAAUUCCAGUGAAUUUGA